AACAAAUUUAAGAGGGGACUCAAUUUCCACAUCUGAGUACUAGGAUUCAUAGAAACCGUGUCCUUCGUUGAAAGGCUUGAGCCGCCGUAUAUAUAAAUGGCUUCUCCGAGGAGUUCCAGUAUGGAUCACGAAAUGUUGAAUUUUUCACUGUGAUUAACACCCUCUCUCUACCCAUUUCUCUCUCUACCCAAAUGGUCGACUUUAGGGUUUUCGUGGCCUUGUUUGUGGCCCUUUCUCUCUCUAGCCAUGGAUCCAAUGCCUCCUAUGCUGAUGCGUCCUCCCCAGUUGUCAAUCCAAGCAAAGUGAAGCAGAUCUCAUGGAGACCCAGGGCUUUCGUGUAUGAAGGCUUUUUAACAGAUGAAGAAUGCGAUCAUUUGGUUUUUCUUGCCAAAUCAGAGCUCAAGCAUUCAGCUGUUGCUGAUAACAUAUCUGGCAAAAGCAAGUUAAGUGAAGUUCGCACAAGCUCUGGAAUGUUUAUCAGAAAAGGAAAGGACCCCAUUGUUGCGAGGAUUGAAGACAAGAUAGCUGCUUGGACAUUCCUUCCAAAAGAAAAUGGUGAAGACCUCCAAGUGCUAAGAUAUGAACAUGGACAAAAAUAUGACGCACAUCAUGAUUACUUCUCUGAUAAGGUGAAUAUUGCUCGUGGGGGUCACCGACUUGCAACUGUGCUUAUGUAUCUUUCGGAUGUGGCCAAAGGCGGCGAGACCGUAUUCCCUCAAGCUGAGAUAAAAGAACGUCGCAAAAACCAUGUGGUGGAUGAGACACUAUCUGAGUGCGGCCGGCAGGGAGUUGCAGUUAAACCAAGAAAAGGGGAUGCUCUCCUCUUCUUUAGCCUCUUCCCAAAUGCUUCCAUUGAUGAGGUCAGUCUCCAUGGUGGGUGCCCAGUCCUCGAGGGAGAGAAAUGGUCGGCGACAAAGUGGAUACAUGUUGACUCUUUUGACAGGAACGUUGAUACUUGCAAAGAUGAGAAUGAGAGGUGUGAGAAAUGGGCGGCUCUUGGAGAGUGCAAAAACAAUCCUGAAUACAUGGUGGGUUCUGCUGAAGUUCCCGGUGCCUGUAGGAGAAGCUGUAAGGUUUGCUAAUUGCGACUUUCUCUCUCUUAACUCUUCUAUUCCCUACCAUUAAUGUGCACUUGCUCCUCCGGUGGUUGGUUUUUUCCCCCGUGUGCACAAUUCUGGUGAUCCUUGCUUUAUUCCCCUAUCGUGCACAAUUCUCGUGAUCCUAUUGUUCUAUUGGGCCAGACACACCAACACGAUCAUCUUCUUGUUUUGUUGGGAAUUUCUUCUUUUUCUUCUUCUUCUUGGUAUUGUAUCAGAAUUUGUUUGGUAAUUUUUUCUUCUUCUUGGUAUUGUAUCUUAAUUUGUUUGUUGACUAGCGAAUGUAAUUGAUUUUGUUUGUGAAGAGAAUUUUAUUUUCCGAAGGUUUAGUGAGAGCACAUUUUUGACA